GCAUGUUUUUAGUCACGGCUCACGUUAACUCUUUAGCGUAGUUUUGAUAUCGUUGUCUUCGUUAUCGAAACGUUGACAGAGAAUAAUGAGAAUUGCUGCUCUGUGAUAAAUAAUUUUGUCGUAAUUUCGACGCCAAACUUUCAAGCCUCAAAAUGUGUCAGUCAAAACCUUGACGUGCCGUAAUUCGCGGUGCAUACGAAUUUCUACCUUUAUAACCAUAUGUCAUAUUCGUAAUGACACGUAUGACGGUUCGGUUUCGGUAUGAGUUAUGAUAUGACCGUAUUAAAUUUUUUUCUGACCGCGUGCAAUACCUAUUGUUAAUUUGAUAGCAACAUAUGUAAUUCUUGAACGAUGUGACAGAGAUGAAGCGACCCCGUCGCGCCGUCUGAAUAGGAAUUGAUGAUCAGCUAAUAGAGUAAAUGAGUACCUAAUAGUUUCGCAGAGAGGCACUGAGGCAGUGGCAGAGGCACACCUAUGAAUACCACUUAUACCAGCACAACAUGCGCAUCUGCAUUAUUAAACGACUUGCACUACUAGAUUUGCAAGCUUCUUCCAGUCACAGAUUUUCCUGCAGGUGGUGCAGCAACACAAGUAAACUUAGAGCAGAGUUUCUACUCCUGGAAGCUCACUUCAAUGCUCAGCUGGAGAGAAGCAAGCUGUCUGAAGCUGAGUGGGAGAUACACUGUGCUCAUGCUGAAGCCAUUAAGAAGAGGCACUUCACUUAUGAUGACCCAGUCACUCACCACAAAGUCAUGACCCGACUCUGCCACUUUCUCAGAGGCAAAUGCUGUGGCAAUGCCUGCAGACAUCAGUGUGUGUACCAGCACGAGAAUGUUGCCAAAACACACCCGCAAAGAAUGGCUUUCAACUCAUCGUUCUGGGUUGAAGUCGGAAGCCGCGCGCCGACCGAGCCGAGCGUCAGAGCCUCCGUGUGUGGGUGGACGUUGCUGAGCGACAUGCACGCGACCAGUGUGGUGGACGACCCGCUUCUCUUCAAGCAUUGAGCUCAUCUCUAUUGCAAUCUUCUCUUGAUUACCUCAAAAUAAUUUUGAAGAAUAUAUUAUAGUUCGACAUGGAUGGUUCCUAGAAUGACUGCUGCCUCAUAAGUUUCCACAUAAAAGACAGGAUUCUAAAGGACAAGAAGCAAGGCAUUGAAUCGAAAGUUUGACGCACUGAUAACUGAGCGCCAUUAAAACACAAUGAAUUCACGAGAUACUAGAUUCAGAUUGUCCGUAGCCAUAAUAUCGGAGAACUAGUAAAUACAUUGAUUACUUACCUGUAUGCUAGAGUUAUUCAAACACAUGUGCAUCAGUACUGUUGAUCAUUGAUCUUUUCAUCCUUUUAGUACUUGUGAGAUGAUCAUUGUUACUAAAUGGCGAUUGGUGACCUAACGCUAAAUUCGAUGCUACAAUUUACUGCAUUAUUAUGACGUUUUAUUUCCUAGUCUUUUUAUCUUAUUGUUAUUACCUAGAAUGAUUAUUGUUGCUAUUGAUUUAUUUAAAACAUUGGCAUCAGAUUUAGUAUGUCACUCAAUUUUCUCGUGUGAGUUCACAAUUAAAGAUUUCGGCGAAAUUAAGCCAAAUUUGCUGCGAAGUACUUCUGGAUCUAAUGAAAAUUCACAUUUCUAUACUCCUGCUCGCAAGGGCUUCAUCUUUUUACGUUAAAUUUCACAACGGCUUCAGGAUUCUCUUAACAUAAAACUUAACAGUUGUAUGAUCGAAAUAAAUACUGUUCGUGUUAAUUCAACAUUUUCUUGCAAAUUUCUAUUUUUCGGCAGCUUUAUUUGAUUUUUCGGUCUAGUUGAAUUUUUUUUUCGGCUUCCUGGGAUUAAUGUUCCAAGCCCCUUCAAUAUAUAUUUACCUGCUUCGGCGGUACAUAUACUAAAAUUGGAACGAUACAGAGAAGAUUAGCAUGGCCCCUGCGCAAGGAUGACGC